UUAGAAGUUCAGGACAACAGACGAGAGAGAAGGGGACCCCAAAACCAAAUGAUGGUGCAGGGGAAAAGAGAAUUUGGCACUGGGGAAGGGGGUGUGCGUGGGGUUGUGAGAGAGACACAGAACAGAGGUAAGGUCUCGACUCUCUAAGCUUGGCCCAAAGCUCCGAGCUUCAGGGUUAUUUGAGUAGAUCCAGAACCCCUCCUGCACUCCCCGCCUUCUCUCCGGCAGCCAAAGAGCCCAGAAAAGAGAGAGAGAGAGAGAGAGAGAGAGAGAGAGAGAGAGAGAGAGAGAGAGAGAGAGACGCACAGAGAAAGGGCAACAGGGGCCAGAGGUAUAAGGUAGCAUAGAGAUAACUAGCUCUCUCUCAGCCAUGCAAGCGGUGGUGCGGCCGAAGAAAGGAGGUCGGCGGCUGUUUUGACCCGCAGCCUCCACCGCCGCCGCCGCCACCACCUCGGAAAAUGGAUUCGGCGAGGCAGCGGUCAGAGAGAAAGAGAAACAAAGGGAGGGAGCCUCCCAGCUAAAAAACAACUAGAAAGCAGCGAUUUUUUUUUUGUCUUUUAAAAAAGAAAGAGAGCACUCUCACCUCUCCUCUCUUCCACCUGGUGUAGUUGGUUGUGUUGAAAAAGAAAAAAAGAGGGGGGGUGGAAGAGAAAGAAGAGGUAAAGAGGAGAGGCUCCAAGUCUCAUCUUUGCUCUGUUCUUGGAUCCUAUGGACGCCUACGAGGCGACAAGGAUCGUGUUCUCCCGGAUCCAGAGCCUGGACCCGGAGAACGCCGCCAAGAUCAUGGGACUCCUCUUGAUCCAAGACCACGGCGAGAAGGAAAUGAUACGCCUUGCCUUCGGCCCCGAGACCCUCGUCCACUCGGUCGUCCUCAAGGCCCGCAACGAGCUCGGCCUCGUCCCCGCCUCCUCCUCCACCGCAGCCGGCGGCGGCCCCACCUCCCCCUUCCUCCUCGGCCGGCAGAACUCCUCUUCUAGACUCCUCGGUGGCCUCGCCGUCAGUUCCCCCACGUCGUGGGCUCCGCCGCCGGUUUUCUCGAGGAGUAGUAGUGUGAACAACGUUAAUGGCGUGAGCGACGAUAUCCAGAGCCCGGACGAGCUCGUUAGCCCCAGCAACCAGGCGGUGGCGUCGCCGUUCUACGGCGGCGGGGAUCUCAUCAACGAGCUCCAGCUCCCGGACCAGCUUUCCUUCCUCAACGACGCCGCGUCCGCCGUCCAGGUCACUGCCCCCAGCCCCGCCCAUGGUCUCCAGAUCAGCCCCAAAGGUGGGGAUUUUUUCUACCCGGAUGUUGUCGGGGAGUGCCGGACCCCGAGCGGCGGCGCGGAGGGCAUGCUGUUACCUUACUCCAUUGGCGGCGGGGGUGGGUGGGGGGCGAACGGUGGCCACCACCGCCGGAGCUUCUCCGUCGCCGAUGCCUGCCUCGGGUCGGAGGCGGCCGGAGCAGGGUUUGGGUGGCGGCCUUGCCUCUACUAUGCAAGGGGGUACUGCAAGAACGGCGCGAGCUGCCGGUUCCUCCAUGGGGUCCCCGACGAUACCGCUGUCGCCUCCAUGGCGGCCGGUGGAGGCGGCAAGAUGGACCCCGUCGUCGAGCAACAGUGCCAAGAGCUUCUUCUGAGGUCCAAAACCCAGAGACUGGGCGGCGCCUCCCAGCUCAUGGCCUCCGCCUUCCCUUACUCCCCCACUGGAUCAGUGCCGGCCUCGCCUUCGUCCUCCAUCAAAUGCACCAACUUUCUUCUCCAGCAGCAGAACGAAAGCCAAAGGGCGGCGGCAGCGGCGGCGCUGAUGCUCGGCGGUGGCGACGAGACACAGAGGUUCAUGGGGCGGUCUCGGAUGGAAAGGACCGACUUUGCCGCGAUGUCGAACCCUGCGUCGCGGCAGAUCUACCUCACCUUCCCGGCCGACAGUACCUUCCGGGAAGAAGACGUUUCCAACUACUUCAGCAUCUAUGGGCCAGUACAGGACGUGAGGAUACCGUACCAGCAGAAGCGGAUGUUUGGAUUUGUGACCUUCGUCUACCCGGAGACGGUGAAGCUGAUCCUCGCCAAGGGCAACCCCCACUUCGUCUGCGACGCGCGGGUCCUCGUCAAGCCCUACAAGGAGAAGGGCAAAGUCCCCGACAAGUACAGAAAGCAGCAGCAGCAGCAGGCUGAGAGGGGGGAUUUCUCUGGGUGCGCUACUACUCCCACUGGCCUGGACUCCAGAGACCCCUUCGAACUGUCUCAACUUGCGCCAAGGAUGUUGUACAGCUACAAUAGCAGCAGCCAAGAGACAAUUCUGAGGAGGAAGCUGGAAGAGCAGCAUCAGGCAGCGGAGCUCCAGCAAGCAAUCGAGCUCCAAGGGCGGCGAUUCCUGGGCCUCCAGCUCCUCGACCUCACGACCCGAAACCACAUCACUUCGACCGCCACCGCUGCCGCUGCUACCACCAUUUCAACACCCGCCAUUGUCCCUUCUCCUACUGAUGGAAAGACCAGCAGUAACCAGGAAGCAGCAGCAUCACAAGAUAAGAGCCUGAAUAGUUGUGCAGCAGUGGCAGAGCAGCAGCCGGGCAGCAGCCCCCACGGGGUUGCUCAUCAACCGGGAGUCAAUGCUGCUGCCGAUAAGGAGGAAUCAGCCGGAAAUCCACCCCACAAUGAAGAUGGUUGCUCCCAGGAAAGCCUGGAGCACAACCUGCCAGAUAGCCCCUUCGCCUCGCCCAUCAAAGCUUCCUUCGCCGGCAACUCGUUCUCGAAUGCGUCAUCCGCCGAAGCAGACUUGGUCGCUGCUUCUCUCCCACAGAAUAACAGCAGUAAUCUUCUCAUGACCUCGUCGCUGUUCCCCGCCACUUCCACGCUCGACAUGGCCUCCUUCAAUUCAUGCUUCUUUCAAAUGCCUAGGUUCUCUUCUGAUCAUGGAGCUGUGGGGAUGUGAAUAGGUGAAAGAAAAGGAUAGGAGCUGCAAACAAGGAAAAGAGGACAACAAAUUAGGCUCAUAGGUUACUCCCUUUUUUUUUUUUUUUGUUCUUCCUUUUAAAUUUAGUCAUAGACAAGAAAAGGUCCCACACUCCAUCCCCUACCUCUAAACCAUAAAGCUUAGUGCUGCCGGAAGAAAGACGAAAGGGACAAGGUGAGGGAUGCGAUAUGAGGAAGGAGAAAGGAACGGCGAGGGCCAUAGCUAUCAUCAUCUUUUAUCAAUCAAUCAGUGCAGCGUACGGUACUGCUACUACUACUAGCCAUCUACUUACCACCAAAUACGUCAUGAUAGUUGCAUACGGAGUACAGAAACCGAAACAGAAGAAGAGAAAGAGAACAGACAGAAGCCAAACUGAUCUCAGAAAGGACAGCAAAUGUAAGCAAAAGGACCAAGGCACGGUGGAGAAGAGAGAAUCGAGAGGACCGUCGCCGCUGUGUCACCCAUCAUCCUCUCCCAUGCACCUCCACUUCCACCUCUCCCCCUCCCUCUCAUUGAGCUUUUUCCUUUUUCAUGUUAGUUUACUGUAGGAAGUGACAAGAAAAACCCAAAAAAAGGGAAAGGAAACCGACAAAUAACUACUGCUCGUUUUACAUCU